AUGAAAUUAUUAUUAAUUCUAAUAAUUGGAUUUUUAGGUAGUUUAUUAAUUAAUAACUAUGGAGUUUUAUCAACAGAAAUUUGUACUAAUGGUAUUGAUCAAGUUAUUUAUGAUGAUCAAUUAGGAUAUACAGUUAGUGAUUGGUCAUGGGCAAAACCAAGAAAUUUUACAAAUUUCAAACCAGUUCAUAGUGGUAGUUAUUCAAUUUCAUUUGUUCCAAAGACUUAUGAAGCAAUUUAUUUAAAUCUUCAAAAUCCAAUUGAUCCAUCAAUUAUUUCAUCUGUUAGUUUUUGGGUACAUGGUAACAAAGUUGGCAAUCAAAAGGUAAUUGUUCGUUUCACUUCUAAUAAGGUUGCAGUAUCAAGAGACUUUUUCUUAUGGGGUGAUGAAUCAAUUAUUCUUUCAGAUCCAAGUGUUUCUUCAAAAGCUUUAAGUAAAAAUAUUCAAGCUGGUAAAUGGGUAAAUGCAGUUAUCAAUUGUGAUAAACUUGAACCAGGUCAAUAUGAUGGUAUUCAAAUUGCUGCAUCUGGUGAAGAUGUUCAAGAGAUGGUUUUCAUUGAUGAUAUUGAAGUAAACAAAAGAUGCAUUUCAACUAAUCCAUAUAGAAAUUUAAUGAAACCAGUUUCAUGUGAUGGUCAUGAUUGUAUUGUCAUCAAUGUAACAGAGACAAGUAGUCAAAUGAGAUGGUUUGCCAAUGAAAUUGAAUACCAAAAGUAUACAGUUACAAUGAAAAAUACAAAUAACGCUGCAGUCGAAGUAUUGGAAUUUACUGGUGGUUGGUUUAAACCAAGAAAUUCAAGUGAUAUUUGGAAUGUUGCUUUCCUUGAAGGUGGUUACUAUGGUCUUCCAGAUAAUGUUAAAGUAAUUUAUCCAGGUCAAGAAUAUAUCUUUGGUUGUGUUUCAAUUAAAGGUCCAGUAUCUUUCAAAGUAAGUUAUGUUGAAUAUGAAAAUGACAAAGAUCGUCUAACCAAUUCAAAACCAAUUGAAAGUAAUUCAAAACCACCAGUUAAAACUCCAACUGUAAAACCAACAGUAAAACCAACUAUUAAACCAACUAUAAAACCAACUUCAAAACCAACUACAAAACCAACUACAAAACCAACUACAAAAACUCUUGUUUCUGCUUAA